CUGACCAUCCGGGCCCGCAUGCCAGCCAACCCUUCGCCUUCAACGCGUCUACUCCACUUGCUUCUCUCGCCAUCAACUGCCGCCGCCGCCGCCGCCGCUAGGGUUUAGGAUCCACCACCCCUUCGCCGAUGUCGACGACAAGGCGCCCCCCCUACCGCCGCGGUCCCCCCACCGGCUACGUGCGCCGCGGCCCCGUCCCCCUCGACGCCGCCAAGCCUCGCGCCCCGGCGCCCCUGCGCAAGCCCGUCUUCACCACCAUCGACCAGCUGCGCCCCCAGACGCACGGCCACACCCUCACCGCGCGCGUCCUCUCCGCCCGCACCGUCCUCGACAAGGCCUCCCCGCACCUCGGCCGCACCCGCGUCGCCGAGUGCCUCGUCGGCGACCACACCGGCACCGUCCUCGUCACCGCGCGCAACCAGCAGGUCGACCUGGUGGAGCCUGGCACCACGGUGAUCUUCCGCAACGCCAAGAUUGACAUGUUCAAGGGGACAAUGAGGCUGGCGGUUGACAAGUGGGGGCGGAUUGAGGUGACGGAGGAUGCGGAUUUCCAAGUGAAGGAAGACAACAACAUGUCACUGCUGGAGUACGAGCUGGUGGACGUGGUGGAGGAAGAGGAUUGAGUGAUGCCUUGGCUUUAGUGAACUCCAGCUGUGGACAUAUAGAUUUUAAGGAAGGCAGUAGCAGCAGUAGGGUCCUUGAUUUUAUCGUGGAAGGCUAUUGGAAGUUUAAGAGUUGAAGAAGCAGGUUAUGUACAGCAGGUGCGACGGAUGGUUUCUGCAAGGCCUGGCCUCGGUUUCAUGUUAUGUUGCCGGCGGUGAUUUAGUUAUUGGGCAGCCUAUUCCGUUGAACUUGCCCCUGUUAUUGUCAUGAAGUUGGAUCAUAAGUUGGCGAUGGUUUGGUGUUGAUCAACUUUUUUUUUUCUGCUCUGUGUUUGUUACAACAGCUUGCUCAUUGCCCAUGAAAUCCUAUCUGGAUCAGGAGAUUA